AUGGUGCUCGUGAUCGGGCUCGAAGGCUCUGCGAACAAGAUCGGCGUGGGCAUCAUCCGCGAUGGCCAAGUGCUUUCGAAUCCUCGCAGAACCUACGUGACUCCCCCGGGCGAAGGUUUCCUUCCGUCUCAAACAGCGGCUCAUCAUCGCGAAGUCGUGAUCCCGUUGGUGCGACAAGCCCUGACUGAAGCUGGUGUGAGCCUCGCCGACGUGGACGCUGUGGCUUACACGAAGGGUCCAGGGAUGGGGGCUCCAUUGCAGGUUGUGGCGCUGGUGGCGCGGGCUUUGGCGCACUUGUACGAUAAACCCAUUCUGGGUGUGAAUCACUGCGUUGGGCAUAUUGAGAUGGCGAGGUUGAUUACCGGAGCGCAGAACCCUACUGUGCUUUACGUCAGCGGAGGCAAUACCCAAAUUAUCGCCUACGCGGAUAAAAGGCGAGUGGUUUAUUGCAUAAGCCUUGUUGUUGUGUACCGGAUAUUUGGAGAAACCAUAGACAUCGCAGUUGGCAACUGUCUGGACCGGUUUGCGCGAGUGCUCAAGCUUUCGAAUGACCCUAGUCCUGGCUUCCAAAUUGAGCAGAUGGCGAAAAAUGGGAAGAAACUUUUGCGGUUACCCUAUUCCGUAAAAGGAAUGGACAUGUCGUUCUCUGGAUUAUUGUCUCAGAUUGAAAAGCAAGCCCCGAUCUUGCUGAAAUCCGGGGAAUACAGCCCGGAAGAUCUCUGUUUUUCACUUCAA